GAAUCCCAAGCGCGACACACACAAACCGUGACAAAACACCCACGGCUACCACGAAUCGAGCCUGGAGGGGCAAUUCACGACCUCGCCUCGGCAAAACAUUCACCGAUUUUUGGAGGACGGAGAGGAAUUCACCAGACACAAAGAGGGGGACAUUACAGCUCGGUUCGCCGGUGAAAUUGAUAUGUCAUGGAUAAAUCGUCUUCGCCCCUCGCCGACUACUUCUGGAUCGCUGGCAUAGAGACCAUUAUCUAUGAUGACGACCGACAGGAAGAGAGCCUCAGCGCCUCGCUGGACACGCUAGAAGACACCAUUAUUGAAGAUGGAGAGGGAGAGACCGAAGGAGAAGAUGAGCUAGGUGACGCGUCGGGUAUUUCCUCUCCACGCGCCGGUGGCCAUCCCCGCCAUGCUCGCAAGAACUCGGGGAGCCGCUUGUCGGCACUCUCCAAGCUCUCUUAUAACCCGUCGCUGUCAAGCGAUAAUGACAUCGAAGGUAACACCAGAAGUAACAGAAGCAGCGCGACUAUCCGACCCCUCCCCCUCCCUAACUUCGGCAACGGUAACUCCAACAACAACACCUCCAGUGGAAAUGCCACAAAGUCCAGCAACACCAAUGGCACCAAUGGAAAUAACAAAACUUCGCCCGCCGCGUCCCCGAACCCCAACCAAAGACCCAUGUUCGAUGCCCUCGGCCAAAUCCCGAUCCAUGACGGCUUUCUCUCCGAUCUCGACUUCGACAAGGCCCUCCUCAAGUUCGCCGCUGAGAGGGAAAACUUCCUUGACGAUCUUACCUUCAGCGCUGGCGCUAAGCUCCAGUCAAGGCCACCCAUGGUGAACCCUAGAACCGAGAAACUGAAAGUGGACGACGACCAGAGCGGCCGAAAGAGCCCCCUUAAGAGCAUCCGUGGAAGCAUCCGCCGCAAGAUUAGUUUUAGGGACAUGAGCAGUACCAAGAAGCAGCCCAUGACUCCCAGAGCAGGUACUAAGCCCACCGAAUCAACCCCCCGUGUGAUCCCCAACCCGUAUCGGGCCUAUACUCACCCACCUUUACCCUCAGCCUCCAGGUCACCAUCCAUCCGGACAGCAAAGCGUCUUAGCAACUACAACUCCGUCAUCCCGCCCCCGGAACCCCUGAACGCAGACCCCGACAUGCACCCGCUUAAGAGGCGGUUCGAGCCGGUCUUACUGGACAGGUACCCUUCGCGCGAUGCCACGGUGGACGAAUUGUCCAGGAGAGGCCGAUUUCCGGACUACGUGCCCAUGUUUGCCUUCCCCAACGACAUCCAGAUCGUUUCGUCGGACGACCGCCCUCGCUCGACAUGGCACGGCUUUACCAUGACCUCGGAUGACAACUCCAAGAUCUAUGGAAUCUGUAUAAUCGUUUGGACUGCGCUGGACCCCGAGACGGCGGAGAAUGUCGAAAGGAGAUGCGAACAAUGGCGGCAGAGGCAUAUGAGCAAUGAGGAACGGGAGUUGGCCGCAAGUUUGGGCAUCCGUUUGGCAGCGGAGCGUGCUCAUUUGUCGCAGUUGCUGUCACAGCUGCCGUCGAUUCCUUCGGGAUCUGCUGCUAGGGAGUCGCUGGAUGAGCAGAUCAGCUCGGUCGAGGAGAAGAUCAGCUUGAUGACGGAGAUGCUGAGGCCGCUCAGGCACGGAGCUGCGUCCAAGAUCGACGGCCUCACGGCUGGCGAAACCGGCCUUUGGGUACCGAGGGCUUACGGAAUCCUUGGCAGGGAUCCAUCCAAGAUGACAUUUUGGAAAGAAUGGCUCCGAGCUGUCACGGUACCCAUGACGGACGGUGCCAUCUUGAGGGUUGCCCCAAGCUCUCCCAAUAUUGGACGGUGGCAGCCCCUUGAACGCUACGUUGUUAACCUGUGCACCGAGGCAUUCAGCCCCCUCAGCUCGCUCACACAAGUCGAGCUGGGCGUACGCGAAUUGCGGCUUUAUGCCCGCAAGGAGGCUGCUAAUGAAUUGCCAGGAUCGCGCAACAUCGACAUCUAUGCCCUGUUCAGAUGCUUGUCGCUGGAGAACAUUGUGCUCUUGUUCGAGUAUGCCAUGUCCGAAUCUCGAAUCAUCUUCCUCUCAUCCCACACGGGCAUGUUGCACCUCGCCUGUCACGCCUUGGCGAACCUGCUGUACCCCCUGAAAUGGGCCAGCAUCUUCAUUCCUGUGUUACCCGCUCGGCUGAUCUCAGCCCUCGAGGCCCCGUGCCCCUACAUUGUCGGCAUUGAGCGGCGAUACGAGAACAUCCAACUACCCGACGAUGACUAUGUGCUUGUGGAUCUUGACAAAGACAUCAUCGAUGCCACGGCACAGGCCGUCCCGCUCCCGCGCCAACACAGGCGCAAGCUCAUGUCUCUGCUGCAAAUCGCAGCUCCUCACAAGCUGCGGUACGGUGUGGCAACCGGUCCGCCGCCUUAUGCGAUCGAGGCUUUCCCCUAUGAUGCAUUCUCCGCAGAAAACGAGGCGCUAUUCAACCCGUCAGCAAAGGCGGGCACUCUGGGCAAAUGGGUGACACAGAACUCAUCCACGUUUGCCGAACCAGAUCCGCCAAACAGUAUGCGCACUCCCCUGUUCAACGCAUUCUCCCAGGCGAGACCAGACUCCGGGCAUGGUCGUCCCAGAACCUCAAAGUCAGGCAAAGGGAGCCCGCCCUCGUCUGUAUCGCCUGUUUCGAUGCACUUCCCCCCGUUGCCCACCACACCCGUGUCGCGCAGUGACUCUGGUUUCGCCGUUGCGGCAACCUUGAGAGAAAAGCGCUCGGGACACUUCGAUGAGAGGUCUAGACGUAGUUCGUCUUUUGGUAUGGAUAAGAAUGGACCACCUCACCCACCGCUCCACAGGCCCAGUCUGCCUUUCUUGAUCGGGCAUGCUCAGAACCUUUCGAUAUCGUCCAUCUCGAUCGAUUCGCAAUCCUCAUUCGGAGGCUAUGCCCCUUCGACCUAUGCGCAGUCAACCAUUGCCGCGUCUACCAUCAUGCCCAACAUGAUGGUCCAGCCUGUCAAGAAUACGGAAAACACAGUCUGGGUUGAGGGUCACUGCUUCAACUGGACUCCUAGCGAAAAGGAUUCCAUCUGCACCAUCUGCGAUGAUCGGUCGGAGGGUAACGGCCUCUACAGGUGCAGUGGCUGCAACUGUCUUGCCCAUAACCAUUGUCUUGGAUUUGCCUCGUUGGUGUGCCCGGCAGCUUUCCAUCCGGAUCGCGUUAGGGCCGCAUUUAUCCGCUGUAUGGCAAGCUUGCUUUACACUUAUAGAAAGCACCUUGGACGACCUACCAAGGAACAGAAGGCGAAUGGUCAGCAUUAUGCCUUUGAUAUGGAUGGGUUCAUCAGGAGUCUGCCCUACGAUCAACAGGAUUAUGCGACCAUGCUGAGGGAUACUCAAGCGUUUAACGAAUUUGUUCACGAACGCGAGAGAAUCCCCCCGUCCGACCCCGCCAUUCGACUAUUCGACGAAGUCAUCCUGGCCAAGAAGGCGCGCGGGCGUCCCGUCUUUUCCCAAGGACUCUCCCGUCUCUCCACCAUCCGCGCCUCUCACGGCGUCUCCGCUUUUGGGCCGAGCAGCGCAAGCGCAGCGAGACAGAAUAAGAAUCCGGGGUACCUGAACGACACGUCGGACCAUAUCUGGCGGACCGCUUCGGUACCGGUGCCCUCGUCGACCAAGUUCAACGACGGAGACAACUACAGGUCCAUCGUCACGCGUGUGCCGGCUAGGCUGGAUCCCACCUUGAUGAAGGAACCAAGGGCAAUACAAGGGGUUCCCAGACCUGAGCAGGGCCGGGUGAGGGGGCUAAUCAGGAAGCAAGUGGCCAGCAUGCUUGGACCGCCCUCCGGAUUUCAGGGAGUUCCAUAGAUCAUCAGACCAGGCAGGCAGCACUAGAGCCAGCAUAUACGGCGCUUUUUGUAUGGGCUGAAUUGUGUCAAGAAACUUGUAGUAACUGUAUAAGUUGUAAUUUGCGUUGUGGUUGGUGGUGGUCUAGCGCGGGGAAAGAAAGAAAGAUGCUGCUAAUAAUUAUGUUUUUCUUGGUUUUGGUUGUUUUGCCAUCUGUUUGGCUGUGGAAGAGAAAGCAAAAGCGGGUGCGGGUGGGAGCUGG